CGUUAUUCACGCGAUACACUUUUUUCUUUUCGCAUUAUCUCAUACUUCAUCUGUAGGAAUUGCUGAGUGAGAAGGGCAUAUUUUAUUUACUGCUUGUCAGCGAUAAUAAGCCUGAUGAGGUGGUCAGUUUGUUGCAAGUGGAAGGUUUCAACGCGCACAUAUGUCUCCAACGCUUGGCCGGUCGAGAAAAGCAAUUGAUUGUCAAAGUAACGCGGCGAACUUGAGAUGACUGUACACUAGAAGACACUGUAAUUUUUGCAUACCAACACGUAACUAGCAUCCAAACAUCACAUGAAGUGACAAUUGGUCGCACUUUUCUUUUUUUCUUAUUUGGGACAGUGCUGAGCUCUUUUCUCUCUUCAACGUUAAGUUUCCCUAUGGUAUUACACAGAUACCUAACUAUUUUGGCUGCAACAGCACUGGUGUCUGCUAUUUCUCUGGAUGAUGCGGUUUCUAAACUACACUUGGCACUAGGUGACACCAUCGGUAAAGAAUACCACCAUGCCCACUUGAUCGACGACAUUCCUCGUGUUGACGACAUCAAGCAUUGGACAUUGUCAGUGACAAACAAGGCUCUGAACGAGAAUCACCAAGAAUUCAGCGCAAACAGCUUGAAGGACUCUCACACGUUGACGGGUCUUGCUCAACUCUUCCGCACUGCGCCGCCUGCUAACACCGACGACAGCUUUAGUGCCAAGUCACAAGACGACGUUCUUUGGACGAAGAAAUGCAAAGAGAAAGGUGCACUUGCGAUUCUCGACUCGGUUUAUGAUGCUUCUCUGAAGGUAGAGGAUUUUAACUCUAGUGGUGUUUUUUACGCUCACUAUACGCCUACGCCUGCACGUAAGAACCUUUUUCAACCUAUCACGCAAGCUGCCGUUUAUGGAUCGUCUAUCGUGGCAAGCUCUGCUCACUCCGCCGGCGUGUCAAACACUUGGUUACCAGUAUGCGAUACUGAUCCAGCCUACGUGAACGCUGCUGAUCGGCUCAUCUUUUUCAACACCUUGGCGGCCGGUCUCCAAGCUCUAUCGCCUGACUUGUACAAUGCAUACACCAAUGCAGAUGAGGAAGCCAAAGGCAAAGUCAUCGAUUAUGUAUCUCGGCUCUCCAUCCAACUUCAUAUGCUUCAGUCCAUUGCCAAAGCAGCUCACCUUGAUCCGACCGACGAUGCGGUUAAGACCAUGAUCUAUUUAUGUACCCUCGGAGAUGAAGCAACCACCACUCUGUCUCAGACAGCCAAACAAAUCGGCGAAGCGGUCGGUAGCAAACUACCCAACGUUAUCCCUCGAAAAGUACUAGAUAGUAUUAAUCGCAAGGUGGCGAAUGAACUGAUUGAACGAAGCGUCAAGGAAGAAAACGGCAAGGUCGUCAAGCUUGGCCAAAAAAUCCCAGGUUUUCGCAAUAUUUUUGAUUUUGUCGUAGAUGCCUCAAGCACGUGGAGCAUCGGCAAAGUCGCUAAAAUCGCAUUCUGCCCACUCCCUGGUGGCAACAACCCAUUGCCUAUCGAAAAGCCAUUGCAAGUCAAGAGUGAACAGACGAAGCAAGAGCUAUGAGCCCUCCAGUACUGACAUUGUGUAUAUAUUAUCUUAACUUGUCCCAUCAUUUAGCAACCACCUUUUUGCAUUUGCCAAUGACGCCUCCGCAUAUCAAUACAGUAUGAUAUAAUCGUUUCCCUUGCCCCACAAUAAACUAAAUGUUUAAUUGACAACAAACC